UUAUAGCUAUGCACUGAAAGAAUCAUUCGACGCUCUGUCUCUCUCUCUGAGUUUGAAAUUAGCGAUUGAAUUUGGGCGGAAAAGGUGAGAGAAAAUGCACGAUUUCUGCUUCACGAUUCCGUACGGAUUGAUGUUAGUGGGUGGUGGACUGUUCGGAUACAUAAAGAAAGGAAGCAUAGCCUCUCUCGGCGGAGGAGUGGCUUCCGGUUUGCUUCUCAUCGUCGCCGGUUAUCUCAGCCUCAACGCUUUCGGAAAGCGCAAGAACUCUUACCUCGCUCUCAUCCUCGAGACCGUUUGUGCAGCCGUACUAACUUGGGUCAUGGGACAGCGAUAUUUGGAAACAUCCAAGAUUAUGCCUGCUGGUCUUGUUGCAGGAAUCAGUGCUCUCAUGACUCUGUUUUAUCUCUACAAACUAGCAAAUGGUGGCAAUCAUCUCCCCACCAAGGCCGAGUGAUGAUAAAAUGAUAUAUUUUAUAUUUGCUUACUAUAAUGCAGAUAUGUUGGUUGACCUGCAUGCCUUGGAUGGCUGAAUAUAUCAUUGUACUUUUAGUGAUUUCAGAGUUUGGAGCAAAAAAAUAGUUGUUGUCGUCGUUGUCUUUAUACAUGUAGGAUAAUUGUGCCAGUAUCACUCUCUAAGCAGUUAUUUUUAUUCCUCCUCUCCUUCUUCUCCUAGCAUACCUUACUACUGAGGUUGCCUAAAUGCAAAACUGGCUCUUAUUUGUUGCAUACUCUACAAACUCGAUGGGAAUUACAAUUGAAAUGUGUUAAGACUUAUUAUUUGACUGA